UAGGUUGGGGAAGGACGUGAAUUCGGAGCAGAUCAAACCAUCUGAUCUGUUGUGAAAGCUUUGUGGUUUCAGCUUGAUGCAGAUGUGUAUUAAAUCCGGGUGAACAUGGCCUAUUAAAGAGUUUCUUUUAAUCCUUUUUUCAACUGGAGGCUUGUAAAAUCAGCCGAUCGACUGUUCUUAUCAAUCAUCCGUCUGACGUUCAGCAUCAAACAAAAUGACAGUUCGCAGAUUUUCAGAUUCGUUUUGGGAUAAGGAGUGGACUGGAACGUCUGGCUCAGACGCUUUAAUCAAGCGAAUGAGGAUUGGGAAGACCACCUGUAAAGACUUGGUCGACUACUUCAGGGAGAGGGCUUCCAUAGAGAAAGAGUAUGGCAGCAAACUACUGAAGUUGUACAAGUCCAUGGAGAAGAAAGCACACAAUACUAAUGAAUCAGAUACCUUAGAUGAGGCAAUUGCUGUGUUCAUAGCUGAGAUAGAGUUGAUAGCGUCCGCUCAUUACGGUGCAUCGCAAAAUUACUUCGAUUGUGUUGAAAAGCUGCAGAAAUUUCAUGACACACAAAAGGACGAAAAAAAGAAGUUAGAAGAAAACUUAAAGAAAAGCCAAAAUAACAAAAUAGCCCAGUACCACAAAACUAUGACAUGUCAGAAACAGUAUCAGAGUAAAUGUCGAGAGAGAAAUGAGGUGAAAAGACAGUUCGAGUCAUUGAGUCAGUCAGUUACUGCACAAGCCAAAGACAAGGAUAAGAUGAAGUCAAAAUUAGACAGAGCAGAGACGUCAAUGGAGCUGGCUGAUAUCUCCUACAAAGCCAGCGUAGAAAAUCUGGAACAGGUUCGGUUAUCAUGGGAGAAAGAAAUGGAAGAAAUAUGUAAUAAAUUCCAGGUAUUGGAAGAAGAGAAGAUUGACGUUUUACGUAACGAGAUCUGGGUACAUUGUAAUAUAAUGUCAGAUGUCUGCGUAGAUGUUGAUUCGCAUUGCGAAAAAAUCAGAGUGCAGCUGGAACGUUGUAGCAUUGAGGAAGACAUAGCAGACUUCAUCUGCUCCAACAGUACUGGUGGAGAUAGACCAGGUAAAAUUGAGUACGAGAAUUACUUCUCAGGUAAAACUGGGCAACGUCCACACACGGAAGCUCCCAUCAAACCCAGCCGACCACCUGCUGUUACACAUGCUGUUACACCUGCCCGAACUCACGCACCUGGCAACCACGUGGUUCCACCAAAGAAGGGCUUCAAGCUAGGAUUCAAAAGAGGCAAGGUGCCUCAGAAUAUAGACAGGACAGGUCCAGCGGAUGAGAUUUUGGCAGAAGGAGAUUACGCCACCGUGAUGUAA